AUGGUAUGUAUUUAUCCUAUUUUACUAUGUAUUUUCCAUUAAAUACAUUCUCUGCAUACCAAAAUCUCAAGUAUUCCAGAGAGAUGAUUUGCACACAUAAUAGCAGAUAUUUUAUUUCAGUUGUUAUCAGGCAAAUGCACCUUGUAAAAUAUGAAGACUUAAUGUACUUUUAUAAAUCAUACCUUGAUGAAGUGGGAGUAAACUCUAGGUUACAUUGAGCACUCAUUGGUAACUUCUAAAAAAUAUAUAUUUUUAACCUAAUUAAAAAUAUGGAAUCUUGAAGCCCUGCUCCCCGUUUGUUUUACAUACAGGAUUAUUUACUAAAGUGAGGAUUCAAAGUGAAUUCAUAGAGAAAUUUACAUUUAAUGCAAAAAUAGCAGAAUUUGACAAACUUUUCUCAGCUAUGCUUCCAGUUUUACUACUUUGGUCUAAAACGUGAAAUUUACUUUGAAAUGCACUUUAAAUUCUCUCUUAAGUAAAUAAACCUGGUCGUUUUAAUACAAAUUUAACCCCUUAAGGACCAAACGUCUGGAAUAAAAGGGAAUCAUGACAUGUCACACAUAAUGUGUCCUUAAGGGGUUAAAUAAGAGCUUAGUGCAGCGAUAAUUAAAAUGAACUUAUCUCUGAGUACAGAGAAAAGAUUUAAAUGUUUAGACUUGGGAAUAAAAUGUAAUAUGUUAAUGUGCAAAAAUUGAGACUGAAUUGCAGACUUUAAACACAUUAUUAAAACACCUUUAAUCCAUUAGUUAUUAUAAAUCAACAGAUACAAAAAUAUAAAUGUGUUAUAUCUAUAAAUGUGGCUGCUCGUUUGUUAUGCUUUUGAGUUUGCAUCUUUAUCUUUACUCUGUGAAACAGCCCCAUAUUUCACGUGUUUGUGUGAGCCAUAAAAACAAUAGAAAGGUUACCAUAAGCUGGGCAGAAGAUAUAGUUUUUCAUACAAAGCACAGAUAAAUGACUUUUAUACUGUUGUCUAUUAAAAAAAUUAUUAUAGUGGCCCCCUCAUGGUUGAGAUCAUUUUAUAGCAUUUUAUAUUUUUAUAGAGAAGAGAGGGGAAAAAGCAUCUACUGCUUGAGAUGAUGUAUUUUUCACAGUUGAGGAAUCUUUGCCCCCCUGCACUCAGCCCCAUCCCUCCCUGCACCUACCUCAGACUUUAUCCCUCCCUGUACCCACCUCAGCUAAUACAGCUUCUAUGCACUCCUUACACUCACCUCAGCCACUAUGCCUUCCUGCACCCACUAGCUUACUUGCACCUACCGCAGUCCUUAUGCCUUCCUGCAGCCACCUCAAUCUCUAUCCCUCCCUAUACCCACCUUACCCACUACUGACCCUAUGCCUUUUUGCAGCCACUAAAGCUUCUAUCUCUCCCUGAACCCACAACAGUCCCUAUCCUUCCUUGCACCCACUACAGCCCCUACUUCUCACUGCACCCACUACAGGCCCUAUAGUACAGUAUUGGGUUCAUGCUCCCCAUGUUCCCAAUACAGCCACUAUGUGCAAUGUAGUGGUUAUGGUACCAUGAGUGCCCUGGUGCCCCCUUCCCCUUAUUAGUAGUCCAAAUUGGAAACAGUAUGGGGAAAGUUAAAGACUGGAGGCAAGAGAUGGAAAAGCUGAGUUUGGGUUGAACAACAUAGCAAAAUGUGUUCACAAAUCUUUGAGGGAAGAACAAAGAAUAAAGUGGAUGAGGAGAGGGAAAUCACAAGAACUGGGAUGAGAACAGGGUUAAAUAGGCUGGGUUAGACAUAUUUAAAAUGCUAUAACUCCUUAUAAUGAUUGUUAAUAUAAUUUCAGCUAAGGAACAUGUGGAUGAGACUCAGCAUCAUCUGUGGCUGCAUAGUUCUUCAUUCUUGGUAUGCAAUGAGUUGCUCAACAUCAUGUAUUUGUUUUAAAAAAGUCAAUGUUUUCUGUUUUGGUGAAUCAGUUACUGAAAUUCCCAAAGAUAUUCCAAUCAAUGCCACGGAACUCAUGUUUUUGGAAACUUCUAUAGAUAUGAUUGACAAUGCAACCAUCAUAUCAUAUGAAAUGUUAAACAAACUGGUUUUCAUGAAAAAUAAAAUACAAUAUAUACAUGAAAACGCGUUUCACUUGCUAAACCUUAGAGACCUGGAAAUUUCAGCCAACCCACUAUCAGAAUUGAGGUCUGGAUUAUUUGGUGAGCUACCUGAACUUAGGAAACUCACCAUUACCUAUAAUGUCAUAUCAAUUCUUCCAUGUGGACUAUUUCUUAAUAACAAGAAGUUGGAAGUGCUCUCGUUACAAGGAAAUAACAUCUCGUUUAUUUGCAAGGAUGCAUUCAAAAACUUAUUAAAUCUGAUCGAACUCAACCUUAGUUCUAAUGAAAUCAAAACAUUAAGUUAUAAUCUUUUUCAACCACUUAAACAACUCAGAAUUCUCAAACUUAAUAAUAAUCAAAUACAUGAUCUAUAUCCAGAUACAUUUACACAUCUUGGAGAACUCAGAGAGCUAACACUCAAUGGGAACUAUAUUACAUUUAUCUUUAAGUACACUUUUAAAAUGUUGGUUUCUUUGGAGAAAUUAAAUCUCAUGAGCAAUUCAAUUAAAACUCUCACUUCUGAAGUUUUUGCAUCUCUCUCCAGCCUCUCCUUCCUAACCCUUGAAAGAAACCAAAUUAACGUCCUUCCCAUUAGAAUUUUUGAUGCCAUGAAAAAUUUAACCAUAUUAUCAUUGUCUGAAAACAAGUUGAAGACCAUUCCAGAAAACAUUUUUUCCAGCUUAGUUAAAGUUGAAAAGAUAUUCUUGUCGUACAACCAGAUUGAAAAGCUGGAAGGGGAUAUUUUUCACGGCUUGGAUUCAAUCACCCAUUUAUACCUUGACAACAACAACAUUAGUCUCAUUGAUAGCAAUGUAUUUAGCCACAUAAAGUCUUUGAAUGCCAUUGUUCUCCAUCAUAACAAACUAACAAUGCUCCCAGAAGGACUGCUUGAUGAACUAUACAACAUGUACUCUUUGGGUCUUCAUGAUAAUCCAUGGUUAUGCAACUGUUCACUGUCCUAUCUUCUAAAGUGGAUAAAGGAGAACCAGGAUUUAACACAGGUUUCUGAAAUUGAAUGUGCAGGACCAGAUAAUAAAAUAGGGAAAUCAAUCCAGCUAUUGCACUUAAAAGAUCUUGAAUGUCCAAUGGUUGAAAACGAUCCUGACAUCUUGUCACCCAGUUUAUUACAAGGUGGUCAGCAGCUUCAGAAAAGUCACAAUGUUUGCAAUUACAACCUUAUCAAUGGAACAUUGCACUUUGAUUGUGAUUUGACUGUGUGUAACAGCAUGAAUGUCCAGGUUAGCAUAAGUCAGAAUUCAAACACAAGCACAUUUAUCCAUAAUGCUAGUGACAUCCUACCUCAUUGCACUGACACUAAAAUCAAUGUUGUCAUCACUACUGGAACCACAUAA